UACUCUCUCAAGUCUUGAUAAAUCAUAACCGGCUUUGAAGGAAAAAAAAAUGCAUUAUCAAGAACAGAUGGAGUCUCUUAUGUUGGGUGAAGAACGCAGACGCGGAAACUUAGUUAGAGAUCCAGACGCAGACGCAGACGUAGAUGAAGGUUUUAACUCUCCCUCUUCUUUUCCAAACUCUCCUGACGAUUCAGACCGUCGCAGUUCCUCUUCUUCAAGGAGAGGAUUGUCGAAACAUUACAGAGGCAAGUCACAGUCAUUCACGUCGUUGUCUGAAGCGCUAACAGUGGAAGAUCUCGCGAAACCUGAGAAUCCUUUCAACGCAAAACUGAAGCAGCGAAGGGAGAGCUCUCACUGUCGACGAUUAUCCGGAUGCGGCGGUGCAUCAGAGCGAAAUCUAGCUGGCCACCACGACGGUUUCUUCGCCGGGAACGAUAGGCCGCAGAGACUUUCCGGUAAUAGACUGCCUCCGAGAGCUCAGACGCUUUCGGCGGCUCAUAUAUCGGCUUUGCUCACUCGAACCUAAACCAAUAAAAGCUUUUUAGUUUAUUUGUUUAUCUAAACCGGAACAGAACCGGGUUUCGUUUGGGACGAUGUUUUUUUUUUGAGCUUCAGUUCUUCUAUAAUUGUGUGAGAAUGUAUAAAUUAUAAGUAUUUU